GCACAACCUGAGACCUGGGCUGGGGCUGAGUCAGGGCUGUGUAGUAAGGAACCUUGUCUGUAGGAAUCCUGCUUUAUUUGUUGUGGAAAUUGGAAGGGAACAUCUUUUUAAAGUUGUGGUGUGAGGCAGAGAUUGUGGCGAGUCCCAAAGCAACCAGCCCCCAGAAUGAAGAAGCAGGGACCUCCGACUCUUUCCGUGUGUGUCGUCCCGUGUCCCGUCCCCCCGCGCGCCAUACCUGGUCAUCCCUUGUCCGGAUACCACUAUGCAGGGGUUUCUGCCUUUUUAAAACGGGGAAGAGUAGCAGAUGUUUAUGGCCCAGGCUUCGGGUAGACUGACAUGUUCAGCACUUUCUUCAGAAGAACUGGGAAGAUGCAAGUUAGUACUGUGAUUUGACAAUUUCACUGACUGCUGGACCAGAGGAGGCAUUUUGUUCUCUGGGAGUCCGUCAUGCAAUUAUAUCCACUUAAUGCUACCAUGGGGAAGAUUAUAAAACCAAGAAGCACAUGAUCCUAAAGUUUUCUAUGUACAGCUUCAUAAGGAUCUCUCCUUUAAAACUGCUGUCGAAGUAGCACUGAUAAUAAUUUGUCUGAAGCAUAAUGUGGUGAAGCAGAGGAAUAGAAGUUUUCCAUCAGUGCACGGGCAAUGGACUUAUAAUGUUUGUUAUUUUGUGAGCUAAAACAGUUUUGGAGUGAAUUGAACAUCUGAAAAUGCGGCCAUGGACUGGUUCCUGGCGUUGGAUUAUGCUCAUCCUUUUUGCCUGGGGGACAUUGCUCUUUUAUAUUGGUGGACACUUGGUACGAGACAGCGAGCACCCAGAUCAUUCUAGCCGUGAACUGUCUAAGAUACUUGCAAAGCUUGAACGUUUAAAGCAACAAAAUGAAGAUUUAAGGAGGAUGGCAGAAUCUCUCAGGAUACCAGAUGGUCCCAUUGAACAGGGGCCUGCUGCAGGAAAGGUACAUGCUUUAGAAGAGCAGCUUUUAAAGGCCAAAGAACAGAUAGAAAACUAUAAGAAGAGAACAGGAGAUGGAGGCUUGGGGAAAGACCAUGAAAUAUUGAGAAGACGAAUUGAAAAUGGAGCCAAGGAGCUUUGGUUUUUUCUCCAGAGUGAAUUGAAGAAGUUUAAAAAUUUGGAAGGAAAUGAACUCCAAAGACGUAUUGAUGAAUUUCUAUCUGAUUUGGGUCAUCAAGAAAGGUCGAUAAUGACAGAUUUGUACUACCUCAGUCAAACAGAUGGAGCAGGUGAAUGGCGAGAAAAAGAGGCCAAAGAUCUAACAGACCUUGUACAGAGGAGAAUAACAUACCUUCAGAACCCCAAGGACUGCAGCAAAGCCAAGAAACUUGUGUGUAAUAUCAACAAAGGCUGUGGUUAUGGCUGUCAACUUCAUCAUGUAGUCUACUGCUUCAUGAUUGCCUAUGGCACUCAAAGAACACUCAUUUUGGAGUCUCAGAAUUGGCGCUAUGCUACUGGUGGCUGGGAGACUGUAUUUAGGCCUGUAAGUGAGACAUGUACUGACAGAUCAGGCACUACCACCGGACACUGGUCAGGUGAAGCUAAUGACAAGGAUGUUCAGGUGGUAGAACUUCCCAUCGUUGACAGCUUACAUCCACGACCACCAUAUUUGCCAUUGGCUGUCCCAGAAGACCUGGCUGAUAGGCUAAUUCGUGCCCAUGGGGAUCCUGCAGUAUGGUGGGUCUCCCAAUUUGUCAAAUAUUUGAUUCGUCCACAACCUUGGCUAGAAAAGGAGAUAGAAGAAGCAACCAGGAAACUCGGUUUCAAACAUCCAGUUAUUGGUGUUCACGUACGGAGGACUGACAAAGUAGGAACAGAGGCAGCAUUUCAUCCUAUUGAAGAAUACAUGGUACAUGUUGAAGAACGUUUUGAGCUUCUUGCCCGCAGAAUGCAUGUUGACAAAAAACGAGUUUAUUUGGCUACCGAUGACCCUUCAUUACUACAAGAGGCAAAAUCCAAAUAUCCAAAUUAUGAAUUUAUCAGUGAUAACUCAAUAUCAUGGUCAGCAGGGCUUCAUAAUCGAUACACUGAAAACUCACUCCGGGGUGUAAUUCUGGAUAUCCAUUUUCUGUCUCAGGCAGACUUCCUCGUCUGUACAUUUUCCUCGCAGGUUUGUCGAGUUGCUUAUGAAAUUAUGCAGACAUUGCAUCCAGAUGCUUCAGAAUAUUUCCAUUCUUUGGAUGAUAUCUACUAUUUUGGGGGACAGAAUGCCCACAACCAGGUUGCUAUUUAUGCUCACCAUCCACGAACUGCUGAUGAAAUCCCUAUGGAACCUGGAGAUAUAAUUGGUGUGGCUGGAAACCACUGGGAUGGCUACUCUAAAGGCAUCAAUAGGAAACUAGGAAGAACAGGCCUUUACCCAUCCUACAAAGUAAAGGAGAAAAUUGAGACAGUCAAGUAUCCUACAUACCCAGAGGCUGACAAAUAGAAGAGCAUGAGGAGGAUUGGCAGUAACUUUAAAUUUUAAUUGGUUUAAACCAAUCAACAUACUAACUAAUGGCUUACAUGGGAUUUGAAUUUGCAUUUUAACAUGUAGUUAAAAUGAAAGCCUUUUAUCAUUCAAACUGGAUAAGAAACCGAACACAUAGAUGGGCCAUUAUUUGAACUUCUUGUUGAACAUAUUUUGUUAUAUGCACUCUCACACAUGUGCACACAAAUACACACACAGUCAUACACACAACAGGAAUACUGUUGUUUUAUACAGUUUGUCUCUUUCAAGAUUUGUCUCAGUCAUUAGUCAUAUGUGAGCUUUGGGCUCUCUUCUCUGCCAUUAAUUGACUGUAAUACUCGGACUUACAACACUGCCACAUUGUGUAAUUUGUGUGACAUGAACAUAUUUUGUAUGUGCAGAAUUUAAAACAUGGUGCCUAUAUUUGAAAGAUCUGUGACCUUUUUAGAAGAGCCAUGCCCAAAUACAUUGAUGGGCAAGAGUUGAUAUUAAACUGGUGUUGUCAUGACCACUGAACUUGCUCCAGCCAACAAAUUUAAAAAUCAGACUAGAACUUUUUUUUCUUUACAAGAUUUUUUUAGCAAUUCCAUUGAUUAGUUCACCUCAUCAUUAAUAAAAUAAAGGAUUCAUCCAAACAAUAAAAUAUUCACUGUCUGUUAGGGACUUUUGUAAAACAAUGUCAUGAACAGAUUCUUUAGUACUGAAUGUUUCUGGACAUUGUCUUUGAUAACAAAAAAUAAAUUAAAAAAUGAUCA